UCUGGAAGGCUAAAAUAAUUCAAAUAAUGCCAUGUUUGAGUCUUCCGUUAUUUCAUUUUUCGGAUAGAAAGCUCAUAUAGCGAGUUUGAAGCCACUACCCAUCAACAGUCCGUAAAUCUCUACACACGUCCAAAAGUCAGCGGUCUCUCAAAUGACCAACAAAAACAUCAAACAAACCGAAUGAGCACUAUCCUCUACUUGAUUUCUGCCUAAAACAAGUCUUUCUUUCGGUCUGAUGGACUUCACUACCGCUCUAAUUAUUCCCGGUGUAUUAACCGUACUAUCGGUAAUUUUGACUUGGAUUUAUUUGAGGAAAUCCGUCGAGAUUGCGUCCAGAGAUUAUUCAAACAUCAUCACGACGACAACAAGGAGAUGUCAAAAGACCGACAAACGAGAGCCCCCCGAGUCUGUAGGUGACACAGAGACAGGACAAGAGGAAAAAGAAAAUCUUACCCCAGAAGAGCUCAGGCCGUAUCUCAUAGACUCUGGUGACUUAGAGGAGGCUGUUAGACUGAAUGAUGAUAUGAUAAUGAAGGAUAUGCAAGAGAAGGGCAUUAACAACCUACAGACAUAUUACAAAGCAUCGAGAUUGAAAAUCAAGGAGAUGGAAAAAUCUCUUUCCACUGAUGAGAAAGAGAAAGAGCGAGAGGCUCAGAGGAAGCAGCUAGAGGAGAUCUUCCAUCUCAUGGCCGCCCAGAAAGAUAAGUUUGGGGUGGAUUCUUACAAUGACGUUGAGGACCAAAUGAAAUUAUACUCCCAGGAAUAGUCAGAUUAGUAUAUUGUAUGGUAUUUAUAUAUAGUGAUAUUUAUUAAAAUAAUUUGGCAGUUUAUUUGAGUUUAUUACAGCUGGUUAUUGUUAUUUAUAGGCUAAAUUUGUAGAAAAUUCCUACAUUUUGAGUGUCAAAUGUUGCUUGCAAUAAUAGGCCAGCUGUAAUGCUUGCCUACAAUUUUCUAAAGUAUUCACCCAAAUUUACUAUCUUUCUACUAUAAUUAUAAGACUGCUUUUUGCCAACUGAAGGGGGGGGGGGGGGGGUGGAUGGGAGAAGAGUGUGUUGUGAUCCUCACCACCCAAAUACUAAACCGCCCAAGACUACAACAAAAUGCAUUCUGAUCUGAGCAAUGUGUCCUACCCAGUAGUUUGGUAGCAUAAUUUCAUCCAACCAAACAAUUGACUACUCAAGAAAAUAGAAAAUGUAUAUCUAAAUGGUAUCAUAGCCCUAAUUAUGUUUCUACCUAAAGGAUUUUUUUUUCAAAAUGGCUGUUGGUUACAGAUGCUUACAAAAAGGAUGUCAUACUCAUUGGCUCCUCUAAACAUUCCUUCUGUAUACAAAGAAUUAUCAUGGUGUGUGUGUGUUUUUUUUCAAAGAUAUUUCUUAUCCCAUUUUUCUGGAAGUAAAAAUCAAUGUCAACAACGCCAUUUUUACUCCUUGCAAUUUUUAUUUCCAUUUUGCAUACUUAUAAAUAGGAAUUCCAUAUAAUUUACUGGAUGCAAGCUCUUUUGUUUAUACAAUGUUAUACAAAUAUGUACAUCAGAUAAAAUCCUGCAUUAUUGAAAAUAACAUACUUUUUUACUUUUUAUUUGUUGUAGGAUAUAAGAAAAUCUGUGUUAAAGUUACCUGAUAAAGUGGAAAUUUUGACAUAAAUAGAAAUAUUGUGACAUAAAUAGUGAUACUACAAAUAACCGUUCUUAACACUUAAAGUGUUCACCAUAAACGUUUUUUCCACAAAA